CUUGGCGACACUUCCGGCCCCCGAGGGAAGCCCGCCCCCCCUCCUGGCGCGCCGCUUCUCCCGCCAUCGCGAUGCGCUUCCGAGCCAAGAUCUCGGACGCCGGCUGCCUGGCGCACUUCAGCCGUGAGUGGCGGGGGGGCGGGCGGGGAAGGCGCCGCUUUCGGCGGGGCGGCCUGGGGCUCACCCGGCUCUCCUUCCUUCCUUCCUCCCUCAGGCGCCGUGGCGACGGUGGCCAAGCUGGCCAAGGCGUGCGCGCUGCGCCUGACGGCCGAGCGGCUGGUCUUCGUGGCGGGCGCCCGAGGGGCCGCGGGGGGCGCCCGCCUGUGGUGCGAGGUCCGCCAGGUAGGCCGGGGCCGGGCGGCGGGACCCGAAGCCGGGCGGGCGGGGGGGGGGGGGCGCCCCGGUCGGUCUCACCCCGCUCCGCUCUUCCAGGGGAAUGUCUUCGACGAGUUCCAGAUGGAGGGAGCAGCCGCAGAGAAAAACGAAAUCUAUCUCGAGGUGACGCCGGAAAACUUGUCCCGAGCCUUAAAAACGGCGCAGAAUGCGAAGGCGGUGAAAAUCAAGUUGACGAACAAGCACUGCCCUUGCCUCACGGUCGCCGUAGAAUUGGUGAGCAGAAAUGGAUGCGGGGGGGGGGGGGCGCCUCUCUCUCUGCCUCAGGAAAAAGGGCAGAUUUUUGCCCGUGAAAAGGGAGGUCGCUUCCGGAGGAAAGCCCGCAUUCCUCCCCCCGAGUGGCAGGUGGAGCUCCAUCGGUGCCCCAGUUCCAGAUGGUGGAAGCCGGGGUGGGAAGAGGGCCCAGGGCCCACCCCCCAGGGCUGCAGGCAGGUGUCAAAUAGUGCUGGGGACCACAUAGUGCCCUGCAGAGCCCCAUAGCAUUGGUACUAGGGGACCGAAGGACACUCCGGCAAUGCUGUUCUCUAGACUCACCUGUGCAGGUAGACAUGAAACCACUGUAACUGUGCCUAUGAGCCCCAUCUGAGCAGUUGGGCUGAGGGCACCAUGAUCAAUGGGAUCAAAAGCUGCCGAGAGUAUGAGUCUCCGCGGUUGAUCAGUACCUCCUGUCCCCACACUCAUUCCGGGGAUGAGUCAGUCCCAAAACUAGGCCUGAACUGAAGUUGAUCCAGAUAAUCAUGCCCAUCCUGGAACACCUGAAGUUUCUCUGCCAUAGCCCCCUCCCCCCCUUUUUUUCAAAGAAAGGCGGCAUUCUUCCAUAUGUGUUUAUAGGAUUACAGCCUUCACUGUCGUGAAUUUUGGUUAUGUAACCUUUUGUUUUCUUCUCUCUAGCCUUCUUUAUCCAGCACUAGCCGUGUCGUGACUCACGACAUUCCUGUGGGUAUUAUCCCAAGAAAGCUGUGGAAUGACUUCAGCGAACCAAGUGUGCCGGACUUUGAUGUGAGCCCCUUUCAGUUUCCACAAUAUCAAAGUUAAAUUGUUUGAACAGUAUUCCAAAUACUUCCCCUCUCAAAGGUAUUCCACUCCAACAACAAAAUUAAUUUCCUUUUAGUUAAGAUGAUUGAUUUCAUUCAAUCUAAAAGUGUUGUAGACUAAUAAGCACAUUGUGAUAAUGUAAACUGAGGAUGAGUUGACUUUACAUAAAGUUGUUUUUCAUUAUUCAUGUUUGAAUUACAUCCAUUACUCAAUCGAAUUACAGCCAUUAUUCUACCAAGGAUUGCAAUUAGUGCAAAAACUUCUUUUUAGAGAGAAUGUGUAUUUUACCAACUAAGACCAGUGAAAAUUUACAGUGUGCUUUACAGUAUCUCCUGAGUCCAUUCCACAUUCACUCUUUCAUGCACUGCUGCCCAUUCAUAUGACUUGCAAACCUAACUAAUGUACCAUUCACACAGCCAUGCACACCCUCUUCACAAUACUCAGCUUAACGCUUGGCUGCCAACAUACCUACCAACUGGUCCUCGCUCUUGAGUGCUGCCCAUUUAAAAACAACACAAACUUGGAGCAGUUGAAAUAUUUUCAGAGCCAAAACUCUCGCAGCCAAAAGCAAAUGUGUUUUCAAAUAAUGCAACCUGAGUUUACUUCAUUUUUUCCCCAUUUCAUUGGCUUGGUUUGCACUUAACCAUAUGUCAGGAGUGCUCUGAUGGUGUUUCCUGCUUGGCAGGGGGUUGGACUCGAUGGCCCUUGUGGUCUCUUCCAACUCUAUGAUUCUAUGAUUCUAUGAUUCUAUGAUUAAUGUGAAGCAAUUGUUUAUUCCCCACAAGCAGUUAACAAAUAUACAUACCACCAAUACAAUUCAUUGCUAAGGGAGGCAUCCAUAUUUCAGCCAAAAACUCAUCUCCUCAAAAGUGUUUUAAGGCCCUGAUUACAGUUUUGACAACUGCAAGGACUUCAGAAAUGUAUCUCUCUCCAAAUAAGUUACUAAACAUAAAACAAAACUUUAAUUAUCUUAUUCUGAUUAGAAGAAAGGGAGAGUAAACAUUCCCUUGUGAAGAAUGUUUUUUACAGUUAUCUGAGGAAGUUCUUUGAAACAGGACCUUAUUCAGAAGCCUGUGGCCAGCUGCUUAGCAUUCGUCAAUACAACAACAAUAAUUUUUGUGCUAUAUAGUUCAUUGUAAGCCUUGCUGGAAUGUUCACUUUCUGCUUAUAAUGAUAUAUUGUUCAUUUUAUUGCAAACCUUUCUCAUUAUCAGUCUUGUUUCUCAGUGUCUUACGCCCUUCAACAUUCUCGUAGUUGCUAUAUAGAACUGUGCCCUUGCAUGUGACUUUAUCCCUUUUAAAUGGACGUUGGGGGUCAUUGCCCAGGAACAGUGUGGGGCAGGCGUGGCUCAUCUGCACUUUCAAGGGAGUUGAUUUGAUUUUGUAGGUCAGCAUUUAUUUACCAGCGCUGAAGACCAUGAAGAGUGUUGUGGAGAGAAUGAAAAACCUCUCCAAUUCUAUAGUAAGUUCUUAUAUUCUUAACGUGGGAGUAGAAGUGGGGAGAGAGAGAUGCAUCACUUGGGAUGAGUUUUUAUGCAAUCAUUUUAACCGCUGGGUCAAACUGGACAAGACACCAUACAACUGGAAAUUGUGCAUUUUUUCUUACUUUUUAUUUAUUUAUUUAUUUUAGUAAAUAGCAGGCUUGUGUGGCUAAUCUAGUUUGGGACCUUGGGGGAAGCUGGAGGGCUUUAAUUCUUUACCCCCACUAUGGUACUGAUCCAGAUUGGAUACCUGUGCUUGGUAUUUACUUUAGAAAAGACCAUCUUGCAGUUGCUAAUUGUGUGAAUGGUGCCUGGUCUUGGCUCUCACUUGAUACUUUGCACGUAAGACUCCCAUCAAGGUUUAGUUAUCCAGGAUUGCUCUCUGAGUACACAGCUGGUAAGCAAUUGGAGCCACUGGAGAUGACUAGCAUAUCAUACCUAUAUGAUCCCUCAACCCAGAGGUUUUCAACCUUUUUGAAUCCACUGCUUCCUUGACCAGCUUCUUGAGUUCCUUAUGGGAUACCUGGUAAAAACUAAAACUUGACCAUCAUUCAAAGCACCCUAGGGCACCGUGGCACCACUUGAAAACCAUUGGCCUAUGCCAGUAAGCAAUGUAAGGAAAAAGGAUCCACACUGCAACAUUCCAUCUCUUUUCGACUUUGUAAGUGAUAAGUAAGCAUACACAGGGCUUUUUUUUUCUUUCUAGAAAAAGUGGUGCCAGAACUUGACCUUUUUUAGGGGAGCACCCACCCAAAGUUAUUGCGCUUUUUAAAGGGGGGGAUCACCCAACCAAAGUUGUUAAGUUGGAACGUGCCUAAGACGUGCCAUAUGGAAAAAAGCCCUGAGGAUACACAUUUUAUAUAGAAUGCUUUACCUGGUUGCAUGUCCUGUAUACCUGUACAGCCUUCAUUGCGAGAUGGUGCCAAUAAUUCCCAGGCCACUGUCUGGUCCCUAAGACUAUACAAAUUAGUUAUCCCUGCCAAACUGACCUUGUGAAUGUACAAUAUUUUCCUCUUUUUUAUUGCAUGUUUAUGAAAUGCAUGUUUAACUUGUAGCUAUGGAAUUUUGGCUAUCAAGAAUUUUACCUGCUCUUGUGUCUUAACAGCAGCUUGAUCUGAAAUCAUUAGUAGAUUGUGGUGUUAUCUCAGCACUGGAAAGCUUCACUUGCCAAAUCUGCAGAUCAGUCUUCUGGUUUACCAGUACCAGAGAAGGCUAGGCUUACUUAUUUGUCUGAGUCAGUUGACGCUUUUGUUCCAUUGUUCACAGUACUAGAGACCAUCACAUGGAUGAUAUUUUUACACACCUCCCUAAUUUAUAUAACUGAUUUUUUGAUGUUUGGUGAUUUGUUGAUGCAGAGCUCUUAAGCAGAGUUGUCUCUGUUUAUUUAUUGAUGUGUCUGGAGGCUUAUAUUUAGGAAUAGAACCUUAAUUGUUAUAAGUGCAUUCCCUUGACAAACAGGUGUUGGUAGAAUACAUUUAGUAGUUGUGAAAAGCAUAUGAACUGUUCUGUUUACAUUGUAGGUAAUAGAAGCAAAUCUAAAUGGAGAAAUGAACUUGAAAAUAGAAACUGAUCUAGUGUGUGUUACAACCCACUUUAAAGACCUUGGGAAUCCUCCCUGGGGUAAGCAAUUUUCUUUUUUUGUCAGAUAACAGAUCCUAACAAAAGUACACAACAAAAGCUACAGUCCUGUGUACACUUAUCAGGCAGUAAGGGCUUGCUUCUGAGUAACCAUGCAUAGGUUUGCAGUGCUCUGAAAGUAAUCGCCAACAAUUUUUAGCCAAUUUUAUAGUUGUAAAAUAGAGCUAGCUUGAGUCUGUCUUUAAUAGUUUUCUUUCCCCACGCUCAGAUGUCAGUAACAAAGUGAAAGGAAGGAAAUACUGAUUUGCGGGUCAAAUAAUUGAAAUAACAUUGUAGCUUCAAACAAUGGACUAAUAUACAUAGUUAAUUAUCAUGAAUGGGGAAAAUACAGAUGUAUUAUGACUCGCAGGGGACCACAUAUACGUGCAGUGCCAUGAAAUAAAUAAAUAAAUAAAUAAAUAAAUAAAUUCAUUCAAAUCUGGAAAUGGCAGGAGAGAGCUGGAGAGCCCUUGUGGCUGGUGAGAAGACCCUCCACAGAGCCUGAAGAGGACGUCGGAGGAAGCCUAGAAGAGAGCAGAGGCAUAGCAGAGCUUUGUUUACACUGCUCAGGCUCCCUGAGUAACAGCUGAUGUGCACGGUAGCGCAGCAACAGCAGCCACUUUCCCACAUGUCUUCCAGCCUCCUACCGGCCCCAGAGCUUCAAUUCUAGUAUUUUUUUGUAUGGAUGGAAGAGAGAGCGGCAGAGAGGGUGCUUAGAGAGCAUUCCCCACUUUAUGAGAAUUCACUUAUGUACACGGGGGCCCAGAACAUAAUUCCCACCUCCUCUGCAAAUACAGAAUUAGAGGAUAUGGUGAAAUAGCUAUUUGUCAGUAUUCUUGGGAGUUCACAAAUUUUAACUGAUCUUAAUGAUUAACCAAAAAGGUGUGGUUGCCAGGCUCUUGCUGCUCCUGCAAAGUGUUGUUCCUGAUCUCAUAUGCUAUCACAGCCAGAGCUGGGCCACCCAUAAGGGGACUAAGGCAGCUGCCUUGGGGGGUGGAAUCCCUAGGGGCAGCACUCUCGCAGGUGCCCCACCCCUGCCGCCACCACCACCAGAGAAGCAAGAAGUGGCAGCUUCCUGCAAGAGCUCACAGAACUCUCGUUGAGUUAUACUGCAAGAUCUCACGGCUGCCUGCUCCUCUUGUCUCCAGCCAGGGACGGGGUGCACUACCAGAGAAGCACGGAGAAGUGCCGUGAUCAUAGCACAAUAUCCUGUUCCUUUUCCCAGCUCCAGACUUGGGAAUUCCUUCUAAUCUUCUUCUGCAGCUUGAACUGUAUAGAGAGAGGUGGAGACUGUCACUGCAGUUGCACAGUCCUUUAGAAGGGCCUCAGAAGUCGAGUGCAGUUGCCGAAACAGUUUGCUCCUCUUCCACAGAUCCAAUAUGGACACAAAGAUGGUUGUUUGUAGCGCAGAAGCAAAAUAUCCUGCUGAUCUCCAUUGCGGCAAGGGAGGGUUGGGCUUAGUUUGAUUUGCUGGUGCCCUUUUAAGGCACAGUACUAGAGUUCCUUUUCUUGCAUCUGUGAAGAAGAUUGGGCCUUCUCAGUUUUCUCCUGUGCUUCGGAGAUACUCGGAGCACCUUGAAGGUACAUAAUUGAAGCCAGUUUCCUUCCCAUCCUUGCAGCUGGGGCAGGGAUUGCUCUCCAUAGUUGUGAUGGGUUUCUGAAGUUCUGUGCAACUUGCAGAGAUAAUCUCCACAGACAGAUACCACAGCUCCAAGGUUGGGAUGGUAGCUAGGAUUUGUUAGGUGUGACAGAAGAUGGUUGCGCACACUUCAUGGUAAACAUGAUGACUAAAACUGGGGGCUCCUGGUGGUCCUGCUUAUUACCUGAUGCACUAUGAAAAAUCAUUUUGGUAACACACACUAGUCUUCUCCUUUUCCUGAAUGUAUUGCAAUGAUGACCAGUACACACAGGAGCCUAUGAACAGAGACAUACCAUGGGGUUGGCGAAACUGGUCCCCACUGCCCAGGCCCAGGGGGUGCAAAAAUCACCCCAGAUUACUCCAACUGAGGAAAGAGAGUUGUGUGGGGUGAGAGACACAAGAGGCAGAUUGUAUGGAUAACAAUUGCCUCAGAAGAAGUUGAGAUGGGUGAUGACUGGGUAGCUGGUGUCUCUGCUGCCGUCUUUGCUUCCACUACCAAUGGAGGCUUUUAACUUCUCCCAACCUUCAUGUGCACACACAGCCCUCAAAGUCCCCACUUUUCAGGGGCCUGCCUGCCUGCCUGCCUCCCUGCUUGCUGCUCUUGUGUGGUACUUGCUCAGCUGGUGGCUGUUGUGAUGAAGUGUUUUUUUUCUGGGGUGGGGGUGUGCCAAUACAGCACCUCUGCCUAUGAACAAAUCUCUGUGCGUACAGACACCUCUGGCUGGAUGCAGUACAGGGUCUGAAUAUUACUGUAGUCAGUGUCAGUGAGCCCCAUUCCAACACGUUCAUCAUCAGUGCCUGCCACUGCUAGUUCCUUCCUCUCUUCCUUCAGCCACUUCUGGCAGCUUUGGUAGCUCCUACAGCUAACCAGAGACUUACUUUCUUGCAAGCAUCCGUGUGAACUGGCUCUGGGUCCACCCCUCCCCAGUGGCUGAGAUUGGAGCUGUGAUCUGGUCUCAUGUGGUACUUACUUUAUUUUUUAUUUAUUGAAUUUAUAUGCUCCCCUAUACCUGGAGGUCUCAAGGCAGUUCACAGAAAAGAUCACAAUAUAUAAAAACAAAAUAAGAACAAUAACCCAAUAACACCCCCCAAAAAAGAGCCACUGCCCUGCUGACAAGUUAGCUACUAGCCUUGGUUUGUUCUCUCUGAAAUGGAAGUAUGAGGUGGUUGUCACAAUGAGGAAUAGAACAUAGUACAUACUGGCUGCUUGAUCAUGUUCAUAUGUACAGUGGUACCUCUAGUUACGAACUUAAUUCAUUCCCGAGGUCCGUUCUCUUAACUAGAGGCAUGCUUUCACUAAUGGGGCCUCUUGCUGCCGCUGUGCUGCCAGCACACAAUUUCCUGGGGCAAAGUUCUCAAUUCGAGGUAACUUCCAGGUUAGCGGAGUUUGUAACCUGAAGUGUUUGUAACCUGAGAUGCUUGUAACUCGAGGUACCACUGUACUUGGAAGUAAAAUGCACAGAUUACAGCCUUAAACUGUUAAUGGAAAUUAUGUACAACCCUUUAAAAAACUUGUUCUAGUUAAUAAAAGUUUCUAUUUUUUGUGAAUUUCUGUAGGCUCCCAAAAGUCGAGUCAAGAGAGAGAUCUCGAGACCAUGGCCGAGGCCCGCAUUGACAUUAAGAGACUUCUCCAGUUACUUGCAGGGCAGCAAGUGAAUCCCACAAAAGCACUAUGUAGUAAGUGACCCUUUUGGCCUGUUGUUUGAACAAGUCAUUUGCCACUCUGAAGAAGAUACCACGUGUUUGGAAGGGAUUGCCAUAUCCUUCCUGUAAAAGCAAAUUUCAACAUUUCCACACACCACUGUAUUUAGACCAGCAUUCUUAGGGCCAAACCGGACACCAUGGGGGGAUUGUUGCUGUUAUUGAUAGUAAUUUUUUCUUAUCUUUAUUUUAGAUGUUAUGAUUUAUGUGGAAAUUUGGUUGUGUAUAUUUUGAUAUUUCUUUAUUGUUUAUGACUACUUUCAUUAUAUUUGUAAUUAAGUUCUGUUUCCCCCCCACACACCAUGUUGUAAGCCACCUUGAGCAUGGUUUUAACUGUGGAAAGGUGGCAUACGAAUAAAAUUAUAUAUGUAUGUAUGAAUCAUGUUUAUAUACCGUAUUUUUCUCCCUAUAGGACGCACUUUUCCCCCUCCAAAAAUGAAGGGGAAAUGUGUGUGCGUCCUAUGGGGCGAAUGCAGGCUUUCACUGAAGCCUGGAGAGCGAGGGGGGUUGGUGCGCACCGACCCCUCUCGCUCUCCAGGCUUCAGGAAGCUACCCGCAAGCCGUGGGAGAGCUGCACGACUUCGCACAGCUCUCCCAUGGCUAGCGGACAGCUUGCCUGCACCCAGAAGCUUGGGGCGCACUGAGCUCAGCACACCCCAGGCUUCGGGCUUCGCGCAGCUCUCCCACAGCUUGCGGAUAGCAGCCUGUUCUGGGGUCGGGGGAAGCUCGGGCUUCCCCCACCCCAGCCCCGCACCUGGGGGGGAAAUAAAAAAAAAAUCUUUAUUUCCCCCCCCCAAAAAAACUAGGUGCGCCUAUGGGGCGAAAAAUACGGUAACUCACCUCAGCCCUCCCUUGCCCAGCUCCACCAGGGCAUAUGCAUCUGUAGGCAGAGUCAGGUCUGCUGUCAAGUGGCUGUUGUUGAAAGUACCUUUUGUCUAGGUGGGAGGACCUGACACAGCUUUUCUUUUUGUUGUCUUUCUCCUGGUUGGGAAAAACAGUUUUAAAAAAGUUUUGGAGGCUGAUGGUAGCCAUGUUCAAAAUAUUCCAGACCUCCUGCAGCUUGGCCUCUGCAUCUGUUUGGCCUUCAAAACUGGAGAAUGUUGGCUAUUGUUGAACAUGAUAUUUUGGGCCCUCUGUCAUCCUUUGAAGUUUAAAAUAUGGACUUGUGUUUUGCAGAUAUUGCAAGCAAAAGGAUUGUUCACUUCAUCUUGCUCCACGAAGAUGUUUCUCUUCAAUAUUUCAUUCCAGCCCUUGUAUGAAUUGAACAGUUGUUCCAGCUCACCUGUUUUCAAUGCUGCAGUGUCUUCUCAAAGGCGCUGAACCAGACACAGGAAGAUGGGGUGGGGGACACGAGUGCUUGCUAUGCUUGUUUAAACCCCUUUUGUAAUCAGAUUCUGUGCAGAGAACUGUAUAUUUAAUACCUUAUAUUUGGUAAAUAGAAGAAGUAAAAAAAAAUCUGUUUGACUGGGCUAUAUAUUUUAUUAAAGAAACAGUCCAUUAGAUCUUUA